CCCUAUAAUUUGCCAGAUGGUUUGACAUAUAUGAUUUUCUACCUAAAAAGGAAAUCACCGAAAACAAUUUUAAAAUAAUUCAACAAACAAACAUACCGUGUGUGAAAAUCAAGUAAAUUUCACGCAUUUUCAAAAUGGAUAAGGCAUCAGCAAAAAGCAAAAAAGAAGCUAAAGAUGAAAAACAAAAGGAUCAGAAAAUCGAAGAGCAAAUAAUAAAAAUGCUGGAGGAAGAAGCGGCAGGAGCAACCCCGGAAGAUAAAUUCGCACUGCUCCUUCGUAAGCAUGUUGAAAGUGAACGUGGGGCACGAAAAUUGCGUGCGGAAAUGAAAGUGCAAGAGAAACAGUUGGAGUCAGUUUUACGUGAAAAGGAAAAUCUACAACGUGAAUAUAACAAAAGUGUACUGAUGCGUGAUAAGCUUCAGGAGGUUUGUCGGGAGCAGCAAAAGCUGAUUAAAUCAGUAAAGAAUGAAAGCAUACAAAAAAUACGAGAGGAAGAAGAAAGACGCAAGGAAAGUCAGACGAAGUUCCAAUCAUCGUUAAAUGAUAUCACGCAGUCAUUAACUAAAAAUAAUGAGGAAAAUUUAAAAUUACGUGACCAUAAUUUGGAAAUGACAAAAAAAUUAAAAAUGUUGGCGGAGCAAUAUCAUAUGCGUGAACAACAGCUGGAGAAGUUGAACGAACAGGUCCAGUUGGAGUCACAAUUGCAUCAAGCCAAAUUAAAUAAGGUUCAAGUUGAGGCUGCAAUGGAAAAAGAAAUCUUGUUGAAGGAAAAGCAAAUAGCGUUAGAAAAAUUUGUGCAUUCACAAAAAUUGUUGAAAGAAUUGACAGAACGUGAGGCGGCACUAAAAGAACAACUUACGCUAUAUACAUCUAAGUAUGAUGAUUUUCAGAGUUCAUUGCAAAAAUCGAAUGAUAUUUUCGCAACAUAUAAAGUCCAAUUGGAGAGGAUGGGUAAGUAUACGCGUAAAGUAGAAAAAGAAACACUUGAAUGGAAAUCGAAGUGGGAAAAAAGCAAUGCCAUUCUUAUCGAGCUAGCUACAGAGAAGAAAGAACGUGAUGAACAUGCCGCACGUUGCAGUAAACAAGUAGAACAACUUCAAAAACUCUUACGAGCACUCCAAAAUGAACGUUCACAUCUCUACAAAGUGUUACGUGACAAUAAUGUUGAAUGUCCUGCCUUGCCACAACUGCCACCAGAGCCUGAACCCAUACAAACAACAACAACAACCGGCGGUGGAGUAGGAGGUACAUCGGACAAAGAUAAAAUGGAAAUCAUGUCUAGAAAUUGUGCUGAAUUAAAACAAACUCUGGCCAAUUUACAAAGUCAAAUGAAGUUUCUAAAUGUCAGCUCGACUGCCGAUACAGACGUUAAUACUAGAAAUGCGCAAACGGCUGCUAGAACACAACAAACAGAUGAUACGAACAAGAAACGUCAGCGCAAAAAGCAAAAAUCUAAAAACAAUAAGAAUGGUAAGGAAUCAUCACCGGCUCCGGUUACGGAACAUGUAAAUGGCAAUGUGAUUGCACCGACAAAUGAGGAACAAAUUGAAGUAGUUAAUGAUUUAAUUGAAACAGUCGAAGAAAUAGUUGCGAAUGCGGUAGAUAGCGUUGGUGUUUCAACCGGGGCGAAUGUUUCAGACAAUUCAGUGUGCUCUGGAAUUGCACCAGAUGUUGCAGACUCAAAUGUUGCUGAUGUAACCCAAGCAGCAGACUCAACUUUGACGGAUAUUGCACCUACAAUUGAAGCAGCUGCAGAGGCUGAGAAAACUUUGCAGGAAGAACAAACAUUAAACGUACUGUCUGUGCCAAAUUAGAGUUGACAAUUUUAUAUAUUUUGGUGACUACAUCACUAAAUCCUAAUUAUCAUUCAUUCAAUACAACAAUUAUGAUUAAAAGAAUAUUGCAUACACGUUACAUACACAUACAUAUAUUUAUGAAUUUUAAAAUUUUGUGUAUUUAUAUUUACAUAAGUAUGUUAACUCAAU